GCACUUCCUUCCUUUACCUCCAUCUGGACAAGCACAGCAGCAGGAUAAAGGAAAACCGGACAAAUUAUUGAUAAAUGGGAAGAGAAAGUGAGAGAAAGAAUCAGCCGACUGGCUCUCAACGACUGACUACAGUUGUACAAAGCAGCGGAGUUUUCCAAACAAGUCUUUCUGGCUCCCAGUCAAGCCACGACAUGUCGACUUAAACUGAUCUGAGGACGUACAACCAAACUGUGAUGAACCUUAACCAAAACAGUCAGUGUCAGACAUGCAUGACUCUCUACUCAGUGUCAUCAGCUGUCUCUGCAUUCUGCUUACUGGUCUCCAUGCUGAAGAAUGCAGCCAUGGUGUUCUGGCAAAACGGGACAUAUUUUAUGUAGCAGAAGGGGGCAGUCAGUCUCUGUCCUGUGUGGUCCAGCACUGUGGAGUUAACUGGACAGGGAACUGGACGUGGAAAAAUUCAACAGACAAAACGUUCAGCACCAUUAAAGACUCUGACAGGCACUAUUUGACUAAUGAGGAGCUCUCAGCAAAUGAAACUCGCCUAGUUUUGAAUCUGCUGAGAGUCAGCCAUUUGGAUGAAGGUUCCUAUAGAUGCAAGGUUGUGUGGGAUCAAGGUAACACUGAUAUGGGACAUCUGACGUAUGUAAACAUCACUGCAGCUGUCCCCUCUCAGAGGAAGUCGUUGCACAGGGUGUUGGUCUGUGCCGGUGCUUUACUUUGUCUUCCCCUCAUCAUGGGAUUAGCUCGAUGCCUGAGCUCAGAGGACAAGCCUCAGCCAUUUUCCAGGUCACAGUCCACACAUGCAGCUGUAUACAGACAACAACCAUAUCCGGCUCCACAGCCUCCACCCCGAUGCAGAGUACCACAGAAACGUAGCACUUCCUCUCAAAAAGCUUCCCCCAUGUCCCCGCAGAAGACUGAGGUGGUGUAUGCAGACAUAUCCAAGGAUGCACUGAAGCAACCUGUAGCCACCAGAGAACCUGCCCAGUCCACUGUGUACGCAUUUGUCAAAUUUUCCUGAUUGCAGUAGAAGCAUAGUGGAGGUAGAAAGUUGUCUGCUGGGGGUGAAUUCCAUUAAAUUAAAUUGUGGGAUACUGCUUGAAAAUGAUGAUGUGGACUUACUGAGCCUCACCUGCAUAAUGUGAAAAAUCUGUCUGAUUUCAUCAGAUGACGACAUAAGAAACAAAAUGAUGCAGGAGUAUAUUUUUUGUGGUUUUCUAUUGAUGUCUAUAGACUCUCCUGAUUAUUAGACAGCAAGUGGAGCAGAUCAUGAGGAGAUAUUGCAGCAUAGCCACUGAAUCACUCAAGGUAUUACAGAGAAAAGACUUUUUGUUGUGCUAAAGUUUCAUUCAUGUUAAUGGUUUUAUUGUUUUGAAAUGUGACCAUUGACAACAUAAUAUGCAAAUCCAAUUUUUUACAUAAAAUAUUAGUAAGUAAUAAAUAUGAAAUACCCCUGUA